AUGGCUACUGAAAGAACUGGAAAUGCGGAGGCUUCGGACGCUGCAUCAAAGUAUGAUCCAAAGACUGAUCCAAGGCAGAAGCCGGCAAGGUCAACUGAUUCAUGGUGGAAAUAUGCAUUUUGGCCGACCAUUGGUAAUAAAGAUCUCUUGCAGUGUUGCUUGUGUGAUAGAACUGUAAUUGGAGGAAUUACAAGGCUCAAGGAGCAUCUUGUGGGUGGUUAUGGAGAUAUUCUGAAGUGUGUCAAAACCACAUCAGCUAUCGCUCAAGAGAUGCAAGCUGCUUUGAAGAGUAAGAAUAGACCACUUCCGCUUGAUGAUGAAGGAGGGCUUCAAGGAGAAUAUGAUGAUGGGAUUUAUGUGAUAGAGGAGUCCCAAGAUGUUACUAGAAGCAUUGUUAAUCCUAGUUCAGGGACAACUGCCAAAAGGAAAAAAUCUACCCCUAAGUUCAAAGCACCAAAAGAACUCAACACAAAGUCAGUUGGUUCAAUGCUUAGGAGAACUCCAAAAGAGGUAGUGGAAGAAAGACAUUUGAAGGGUUCUUCUCAAAUAAGUAUCCAAGCUAGCAUCAGGACAAAGGAAGAAAGAGAUGCUGUCAACUUGGACUGGGCCAGGUUCUUUUAUGAGUGUGGCAUACCAUUCAAUGCCGCAAAUUCUAGGCAGCUUCAGAUUGCUAUAGAGGCCACUACACAAUAUGGUUCUGGGUACAAGCCUCCUACCUACCAUGAGCUUAGGGAGCCAUUGCUCGAGAAGGUUGCUAAGGAGACAUAUGAUUUGAGGAAUAAACAUGAGGAUGCAUGGAAGCAAUAUGGCUGCACAUUGAUAUCAGAUGGAUGGACGGAUAGGAGAGGGCACCAUUUGAUCAGCUUCCUAGUCAAUAGUCCAGUGGUGACUUUCUUCUUGGAGUUAGUUGAUGCAUCAGGUGAAGUUCAUGAUCAAGUGAUGCUAGCUGAUUUGUUAGAGAAGAGAAUAACACAUAUUGGAGUAGAUAAAGUUGUGCAAGUUGUCACUGACAAUGGGCUAACUAUAAGGCAGCGGGCAAGCUUCUCAUGGAGAGGUUUCCUACACUUUAGUGGACACCUUGUGCUGCACAUUGCUUGGAUCUUAUGUUGA